AUGGAAAACACUCUAGACGACAUCUUCGGCUCCUCCCCACCCCACGACGACCCCGACCACAACCACACUCCCGCUCCCGCAACCGAACCCUCCGACCUCCCCUCCCUCCGCCGCCAACACGUCACCGCCGGCUACCGCGACGGCCUCGCCGCCGCCAAAUCCACCCAAGUGCAAUCCGGCUUCGACGCGGGCUUCCCCGUCGGCGCCCAGCUCGGCAUGCGCGUGGGCACGAUCCUGGGGAUCUUGGAGGGGGCGAUCCGCGGGCUGGAGGAGCCGGCGCGGAAGGGGGUCCGCAAGGCUGGUGAGGGUGGGGGUGCUACGCCUACGGCUACGGCUUCGGCUACGACUACAGCAACAGCAACAGCAACAGCGGAGGAGACGCCGCGCGAGAGGAAACGCGCCGAACUGCUGGGGCUGUAUCGUCGGGCGGUCCGGGAGUUGGACAUCCGGAAGGUGUUUGGGGGGGUGGUUUCUGCGGAGGAUCUUCCGGGUCAGGCCGGGACUGGGAAGCAGACGGAACUGCCCGAGACGAAACUGGCCCGCAAGGCGGAGGAGGUGAUUUCGGCGUGGGAGCGGAGGGUCCAGGUGGCGCUGUGGGAGGAGAAUAUGGAUGCGUUGGAGUUGAAGGAGUUGAAGGAGUUGUCGGGUUGA